ACAACUGGCAUCCAAAUGACUACGAUCGCAGUGGCCGGUGGUACCGGCGGGGUGGGGAAGACAAUAGUCGAGACACUGUUGCAGGAACCCAAGUUUCGGGUCGUUGUUCUAACUCGCGGGAGCCCCAAAGAGAAUCUGGUCCUUAGUAGGACACAGCAGAUGCAGAUCAACUAUGAUGAUAUCGAUUCUGUUGCCCAAACGCUGGAGAAGCACGAGAUACAUACGAUCAUCUCCGCCAUUGGUAUCUACUCGGAUGAAACCAGCCAAUGCCAGCUGAACCUGAUCCACGCUGCUGAAAAGUCCAGCGCAACCAGGCGAUUUGUCCCAAGUGAAUACUCAUUUAUCCAGACCCAGGAUCUCCUGUCUGCGGAUCCCAGCGUCAAAUACUGGCUUGAUGCAGCCGAACUGCUGCAGAAAAGUGGUCUGAAAUAUACCCGGGUCACCCCUGGUAUAUUCAUGGAUUACUGGGGAAUGCCCCGGGCGCACACCAACCUUCAGCCCUACGUGAUCGGGAUCGAUGUAGCAAAUUGCUGGGCCGGUAUUCCCGGUGAUGGUAAUGAUAAGCUGAGCGUGACAUAUUCGUAUGAUAUGGCAGCGUUCAUCGUGAAGCUCCUAGAUCUCGAGGAGUGGCCCGAGUUUAGCGUUUUCGUAGGUGACGAAGUCACAUACAACCAGCUCCUCAAGCUUGCUGAGCAGAUCCGAGGCAAAAGCUUCGAGGUAGUAUAUGACAGCGCCGAGAAAAUUAAGGAAGGGCAGGUAACAGUCCCGCCUUUUCACCCCGGGAUGUCUGAGGAAGAGGUCCGGGAGACGACCGUCUUAGUGAGCCGACUCACUAUUGCCGGAGCUUUUGACUUGCCUAAAGAACGCAUGAAUACGAAGUUUCCCGACCUGAAACCAGUCAAGCUGAAGGAAUUUCUUAUUGACGCCUGGAGGGACCAAGCAUAACCAUAUACAAUGCUGGUCAACAUUACAUGACUGUUUAUACAACAGUUAAUCUACAUAGUCUUGGUCAACGUUAAAAUAUGGUAUAUUCCACCCCGUCCGAUCCCAAUGAUGCCGGGGCACCCUUUCAUCCCAUAGCGGAAAACUCAGACAACCAAUUAGAUAUCAUCCUCAUCAUCUCCAUCCAUACUACCUGCAAAAGGAUUGUCAAAUAUCAAUGCGUGGUCAUCAUCUAAAACAUAAUUAGCUUCCAAACAUUACAUGCUGACAACACUACAUACCAUCAGGGGUAUGACUAUCAUCUUCUGCAUCUGCGACACUAGUACACCCAAGCUCCUGAGUUACGAUUCGCGAGGCCGCGGUACUGAAGUUC